CAGGAACUGCGUGAAGCAGCGAAGGGCAGAAGCGAGCAAUCAGAAGCCGCGGAAAGGGCGCGCGAGGCGGAAAUUGUAUAGGAAGUGAUCUCAGGAUUCUCAGCGCAUUACUACUGUUUAGUGGAGAGAGAAAAUAAACAACAUGGAAGGAGCCAAAUUAAGAAUGAAAGUUUUACCCAAAAAAGUAUUUCAGCUGUGCUCCGGUGGCAUCUGUGGCCUAACACCAAAAGGAGGAUGUGUUGUAGGUGGUGUGUAUAUGAUUCUGAUGACAGUUAUGUACCUUAUCUUUGAGUUUGGACACCUAGAACGGGCCUUAUUAAAAAUGGAGGCAAGUGAUGCAAGACAGUCUGCGGGCAUCGUGAGGAUUAUUCCAUAUUGCUAUUAUGUAGCGAUUGGCUUAGCCUGUAUUUCUUUUGUAGUAUGUAUGUACUUCCUCUAUUCUGUCCGGAAGCGAGACACAGUGGGAUUAUUUAUCUACCUUACUUGGAUAAUUAUUUAUGAUGUAACCAAUUUCAUCAUUGUAACCUUAACUAGCAGGGCUGCAAAGAGAGCUAAUUUUUCCAUCAGUCCUUUGGAAUGGUUUGGAUUGUUCUGUAGGAUCCUCUGUGACUGCAUAUGGCUCUCCUUCAUUGUAGCUUAUGCUAUGAUGAUUAUUGACGGCAGAAGAGCAGGGCGAAUGUCACUGAAGACAAGGAGAGUAUCAAGACAUGUGUCAGAACCUCCCAAAUUUCGACUGGGUAUCCAUUCAAGGGGAAUUGUAUGAGCAUUAUCAGGUUACCGUUCUGUGCAUUUGUGGACUUUUCUACCACAAUGUUGGAGGCAUAAAGAAAUGUGUAGCUCACCAACCAUAUAUUUCCAUGUAGUGUGUGCCUAAUUUGCCUUUUGAUAUUGCUGCUUGCCUGGAAUUGCCAAAGUGGGAGUUGUCAAGUACUUGGAAAUCCACAAAAUAUAGUCAGUGGGCUAUGUUUCAUGAGCGGAAAAUGAAUGGUACAUGUGUUUGUAAAUCUUGAGUGGUGUUUUAACUGGUUUAACUUGUUUUUAUUUAGUUAACUUAUAAAAUUGACCUGUACAUUUUCUAUCCUUUUCGUUUGAGAUUAUUUUCACCCAGGUUUUGCAUCAUUGAAUGUUGGGACAGAGUGAUGCUUCUGUUUUUAGCCCAUAAUCACAAUUAUGUACCUCUUGAAUUCCUGGUUGUAUAUUGUAGUGCAGAAGUGUGAAACUUCCAAUAAUGUAUAAAGCAUUUUGAGAUAUGUAUCUAUGUAUAUAUUAAACUGUGCAAUGGAAAUGUUUUACUGCUAGAUGCUAAAGAAGAACUAGUUCUCUUUCAUGGACCAGACUUGCAUAUUCCCACAUGGUUGCUUAAUAAUGUGUUUGCAGACAUGAGGAAUUUGCAGAGAGGAAGUAACUAUUAAGAGAGAUAAAGUUGGCCCUCCACAUUCACAGGUUUGGGACUUGCAGAUUUGAUCAUUCAUGGGUUUCCCUCCUUGUUCCUCCAAGGUUCCAGUGGCAUGUGGGGCCAGGACAAGCCCUCUGUAGCUAAGAAAGUCUCUUUUUAUCACAUUGCUAUUCCUUGCUUCCCACCUGAUGCCUCAGACUCUUUUUUUUAAAAUAAAAUCCACCUGCCGGGUUUGGUUUCUUGCUCUUUACUGAGCAGACGGGCUGAUA